CCCGGUGCCCGCUGCUGGUCCGCUCCCCGCCCCAACCCUGCUCUCUCCCCGGAGCCCCGCGGGGACCAGGUGUCCGGGCGACCCAGGAUGCAGCCGCGGAUCUGUCUCCUCCUGGCUGCGCAGCUCGCCGCUGUCCACGGCAGCACAACCCUGCAGCAGACCCCUGAGGCCAUCAUGGUUCAGACGAAUGAAACGGUGAUGCUGUACUGCACCUGCCCUAGUGCGACUGUCUUCUGGCUGCGACAGCGCCGGGUCCUAAGCAAGGACAGUGACCUCGAGUUCCUGGCCUCAUGGCAUCCCGAGAAAGGGACUACACUUGGCACGGGGGUGGAAAAGGAGAAGCUGACUGUGUCUCGAGAGACAACCCGGUCUGUUCUCAGUCUCACAAGCGUGGAGCCUGCAGACACUGGCGUCUACUUCUGCAUGACCGUCGGGUCUCCCGCACUCACCUUCGGGAAGGGAACUCAGCUGACAGUGGUUCACAUGUUUCCCACCACUGCCCAGCCCACCAAGAAGUCCACCCCCAAGAAGAGAGUGUGCCGGUUCCCCAACCCAGUGACCCAGAAGGGCUUGCCCUGUGGCCCCCUCAUCCUCUGCCUGCUGGUGGCCGGCGUCCUGGUUCUGCUGGUAUCCCUGGGUGUGGCCCUCCACCAGCACUGCCUGCAGAGGAGAGCGCGGCUACACUUCAUGAAACAGUUUUACAGAUGAGCAAUGAGUCCCUCUCUCCUGUCCUGCUGUAGAAAGACACUGACCAGUGGCUGGUGCUGUGACGUAGUGGGUAAAGCCACCAUCUGCAGUUCCAGCAUCCCAUAUGGGUGCUGGUUUGAAUCCCAGCUGCUCCACUUCCUAUCUGGCUCUCUGCUAUGGCCUGGGCAAGCAGCAGAAGAUGGCCCAAGUCCUUGGGCCCCUGCACCCACGUGGGAGACCCAGAAGAAGCUCCUGGCUCCUGGCUUCGGAUCAGUUCAGCUCUGGCCAUUGUGGCCUGUAGCCAUUUGGGGAGUGAACCAAUGGAUGGAAGAUAUCUGUGUCUCUCUCUCUCUCUCUCUCUCUCUGCCUCUCUGUAAUUCUGCAUUUCAAAUAAAGAAGUAAAUCUUUAAAAAAAAUAAAG